CCCAACCGAGCGGUUCGCAUAGCUUGAAGUUUAGCUUUGGCCACCAUCUGAGCCACUGAAUCAUUGAGCCACGUCCGAGGAGAAUUUAACGAGCUGCCUACAAAGCACCGCAUUAGGCCAUAAAAAGCUGGUGGGGAUCGGAUCGGUAGUGAUGCACCUGAGCGUGGCCCUUUGGGCAUGUGGCGCCCUCCUGGCGGUGCUCCUCACCUGGCAGCAGCGAAAGUGCUGGCGGCUCAUCUGGCAGCUGAACGGCUGGCGCGGCGUGGUGCAGCAGCCGCUCCUGUGGAUCCUGCUCUGCGUCAACCUGCAUCCCAACAGCAUUCUGGAGAAAGUUACCCAAUAUCGGGAGUACUUCAAGCGUCCAAUGGCCGUCCUCGUGGGCACCCGAGUCCUCCUCUAUAUCGAUGAUCCCGCUGGCAUGGAAUGUGUCCUGAAUGCCCCAGAGUGUCUGGAUAAGACCUUCCUGCAGGAUGGCUUCUUCGUUCGUCGCGGCUUGCUCCAUGCUAGAGGACAGCGAUGGAAAUUGCGAAGAAAGCAACUUAACCCAGCCUUCAGCCAUAAUAUAGUGGCUAGUUUCUUCGAUGUCUUCAAUUCGGUGGGCAACCAGAUAAUCGAGCAGUUCGCAUCGCAACCCAAUCUCCAUGGAAAGGCCGUGAAGUUCACCGAUGCAGAGGAUUUGCUUAGUCGAGCCGUUCUGGAGGUAUCCUGUCUGACUAUUAUGGGCACUCCAACCCAUUUCACGCAAAUAGAUGACGCGCACAUUGCCCACAGUUACAAGCGACUCCUGGAGAUCUCGGCCGUUCGGGUGGUGAAGCCUUGGCUCCAGAUCGACCUGUUGCACCGCCUCCUGGCCCCGGAACUCUACGAGGAGUCCAGGAAGUGCUGCCAGCUGCUGGCGGACUUUGUGGGCGGAAUUGUGAGGACCAAGCACCGCAACUGGCGGCUGAGGGACGCCGUCGGGGCGGAAAAGUCUGGCGAGGAUUCCUCAUCCGGCUGGCAGAGGCGCAUUUUCAUCGAACAGAUCUUCCAGCUGGCCGCCAACGGCGAGAUGACCCUGGAGGAGAUCAUGGACGAGGCGCAGUCGAUGGUUCUGGUGUCCUUCGAGACGGUGUCCAACAGCAUCACGAUGGCCCUGCUCUGCCUGGCCGCCAACAAGGGCGACUGCCAGCGGCGGUUGCUGGCGGAGAUCAGGGCCCUGGUGCCGGACAGUGGCCAGGUGGGCCUGGAGCAGCUGCAGCAGCUGCGCUACCUGGACGCCUUCGUCAGCGAGUCGCUGCGCCUGCUGGCCACCGUUCCGAUGAACCUGCGCCACGUCAGCCGCGACUUCCAGCUGGCGGGCAGGGAGCGGGAGGCCAUCGUGCCCCAGAACAGCAUCGUGGUGCUGGACACCUUCAACAUGCAGCGCGACGAGCGCUGGUGGGGCGCCACCGCCAAGCAGUUCGAUCCGCAGAGGUUCCUCGACCAGGAUCAGCAGGCCAAAGGGCAGGAUGCCGCAGGAUCAGGAUCCGGUGAGCCUCGAAGGCAGCGGGACCGACGACACUCCUACAGCUUCCUGCCCUUCUCCAGUGGACUUCGUUCUUGUAUAGGACGCCGCUAUGGGCUCUUUAUCAUGAAGGUAUUCUUGGUCAAGCUGAUCUCGAACUUUGACUUUCAAAGCGACUUUGAACUGGAAAAGCUGCAGUUCGUUGAGAACAUAUCGCUGAAGUUCAAGAACGCCGAUGACAUCUUGCUGACAAUCCAGCCACACAACCAGUCGAAGGACUCCACAUAAUAUGUAUUGUUUUCCCUUCCAAACAUUUUUUUUUUAGUUUAUAUACGCAGUUCCAAUGUAAUAUGUAAAGUAUUGCUACACCAUUGUCAUUUUUCGAGCGUCUUAAUAAAAUGUCCUUUAUUUGAGGAAAUAACAAAAUA